UAUCUUCUUCUCCAUUACCCGCUCAAACUCCCAACGUUAUCGCGUCCAGUUAGGCAGUGUCCUAGUUGGCGUUCUACUCUCCGCCAUUGCCGCCUCCGGCAACCACACCCGCAGCUCCACCGCCACCUCCAUGCGCGCUUGAUCCCCCUCUUGCGCCCGAUGCCGCUCAUGGCCGUCUCCUCCCCACCCUUCUCCUUCCCCUCCACGCGCCACCUCCGUCGCGCAACCACGGCCGCCGCAGCGUCCUCCGCCAGCGACGACUUCGACUACCCCCUCGCCGACCCCUCCAUCCGCUGGCCCAACCUCCGCUUCCCGCACCUCCCCGCGCCCCGCUUCCCCGUCGCCGACACCGCUCCUCCUCCCACCCCGUCGCGGCCAUCCCGCGAAGGGGAGCCGGCGAAGGAUUCUCCCGCGCCCUCCGCUUCCGCCCCCGGUUCCGCCGCCUCCGCCGUCGAGCCGCUGGACGCGCGCGCGCACCGCGCGAGGGUGAAGAAGCUGAGCAAGCUGGCGCUGCGCCAGGCGCGGGACUGGCGGGAGCGCGUCUCCGAACUAUCGGACCGCCUCCUGGCGCUGCCCCCCGGCGCGCCCGUCGCGGAGGCGCUCGACGAGGCGUGGGUGUCCCCCGACGAGCUCGCCUACGUCGUGCGCGCGGUCGGCGCGUCCUCCUGGCGCCGCGCGCUCGACGCCUUCGAGUGGCUCGUGGCGAGCGGCGCCGCCGGCCCGGGCCCCCGCGUGGUCGCCGUCGUGCUCGGAGUCCUCGGCCGCGCUCGCCAGGACGAGCUCGCGGAGGGGGUCUUCCUCCGGUUCGUGGGCGAGGGCGCCACCGUGCAGGUGUUCAACGCCAUGAUGGGCGUCUACGCCCGCUCUGGCCGCUUCGACGACGUCCGGCAGCUGCUUGACGCAAUGCGCGGCCAGGGGAUUGAGCCCGACCUCGUUAGCUUCAACACGCUGAUCAACGCCAGAGCCAAGUCUGGGAGCUUAGCCCCUGGCGCGGCCUUCGAUCUCCUGCUCCAGGUCCGGCAGGCCGGGCUGAGGCCGGAUGUUAUCACCUACAACACCCUCAUCAGUGCGUGCUCGCAAGGGUCCAUUCUGGACGAUGCGGUGGCGGUGUUUCAGGAUAUGAUUGAUUCACAGUGCCGGCCUGAUUUGUGGACGUACAAUGCCAUGGUGUCGGUUCAUGGCCGCUGCGGGACGGCACAGGAGGCUGAGUGGAUGUUUGUGGAGCUGCUACAGAAGGGCUUUAAGCCGGAUGCAGUUACUUAUAAUUCUCUCCUUCAUGCUUUUGCCAAGGAAGGAGAUGUCGACGCGGUCGAGCGGGUCUGUGAGGAAUUGCUCAAGGCUGGGUUCAACAAGGAUGGGAUAACUUACAAUACGAUGAUCCAUAUGUACGGAAAGAUGGGCAGGCUGGACUUGGCGCUUGGUCUGUAUGAUGAGAUGAGGGCUAUAGGCUGCACUCCAGAUGCUGUUACUUAUACUGUCUUGAUUGAUUCCUUGGGGAAGAUGGAUAGGAUUACUGAUGCGGGGAAGGUGCUGGAGGAGAUGGCAGAUGCAGGACUAAAGCCAACGCUGGUAACUUUCAGUGCUUUGAUAUGUGCGUAUGCCAAAGGUGGGAGGCAGGACGAGGCGGAGCGGACAUUUGAUCGUAUGCUUGCAUCAGGUGUCAAACCUGAUCGUUUAGCCUAUUUGGUUAUGCUGGACAUUAUCGCAAGGUCUGGUGAGACGAAAAAACUGAUGCUUCUGUAUCGGACAAUGAUGAAGGAUGGUUAUACACCAGAUGCCACCUUGUAUCAGGUCAUGCUUUCUGCACUUGCAAAAGGAAAUGAAUGUGAGCAGAUUGAAGGAGUUAUGCAAGACAUGGGGGUUGUUUGUCAAAUGAAUCCGCAACUGGUAUAUAGUAUACUCAUCAAGGCAGAGUGCAUUUCUCAGGGUGCUACACUGUUAAAGAAGGCAUGCCUACAGGGACAUGAGCCUGACAGUGAGAGUUUACUGUCCAUUUUGGAUGCAUAUGAAACGAUGGGAAAGCAUGAAGAAGGUCUCUCUUUGCUUCAAUGCAUCCGGGAGUAUGUCCCCAGCUCCCAUAACUUGAUAGCUGAAUGUUCCAUCAUGCUUCUGUGCAAAAAGAAGAAGGUUGCUGCUGCCAUUCAAGAGUACAACAGUAUGCAGACAUUAAAAUGUGGAUCUUUUGGCCAAGAUUGUAACUUGUACGAGCACUUGAUUACAUGCCUUGAGGAGGCUGAAUUUUUUCCUGAAUCUUCUCAGGUGUUCUGCGAUAUGCAGUUUAUCGGUGUAAAGCCUUCCCAGAAGAUAUACGAGAGUAUGAUCUCUACAUACUGUAAAUUGGGCUUCCCAGAAACAGCUCACCGAUUGAUGGAUGAAGCUGUACAUUCUGGUAUUUGGCUAAACACUCUUUCAUCUAGAAUAACUAUAAUCGAAUCAUAUGGGAAGACAAGACUCUGGCAGCAUGCAGAAAAUUUCGUGAAAGGACUGAAGCAAGAGUCAGGUGUUGACAGACGGAUUUGGAAUGCGUUGAUACAUGCCUAUGCCGAGAGUGGCCUUUAUGAGCAAGCGAGGGCAGUCUUUGACAGUAUGAUUAAAAAGGGCCCUCUACCAACUGUUGAUUCAGUUAAUGGAAUGAUGAGAGCAUUGAUUAUAGAUGGCAGGCUGAAUGAGUUGUAUGUGAUUGUUCAGGAGCUUCAAGAUAUGGGUUUCAAGAUUAGCAAAAGCACAGUAAUCCUUAUGCUUGAAGCCUUUGCAAAUGCCGGAGAUGUAUUCGAGGUAAUGAAAAUAUAUAAUGGAAUGAAGGAAGCAGGAUACCUGCCAAAUAUGCACAUCUACAGAAGUAUGAUUUCCUUGCUCUGCCGUAAUAAACGAUUCAGGGAUGUUGAAUUGAUGGUUGAGGAGAUGGAGGGAGCAGGAUUCAAGCCAGAUCUAUCCAUACUUAAUACCCUUCUUUUGAUGUAUACUGGGAAUGGAAACUUUGACAAGACAGUAGAAUUAUACCAUAGUAUUCUGGAAGCUGGCUUAGAGCCUGAUGAGGAUACAUAUAAUACAUUGAUAGUCAUGUACAGUAGAGACCGGAGGCCUGAAGAAGGUUUUACUCUCUUGAAUGAGAUGGGUAGACGAGGUUUGACACCCAGGUUAGAAUCAUAUAAAAGCUUGCUUGUGGCAUCUGGAAAAGCAAAACUCUGGGAGCAAGGUGAACAGCUUUUUGAAGAAAUAAAAUCAAAGGGUUAUCGAUUAAAUCGAUCUUUGUAUCAUACGAUGAUGAAAAUGUACAGGGAUUCGUGCAACCAUUCCAAAGCCGAGCAACUACUAGCAGCUAUGAAAGAGGAUAGCAUCGAACCAACAAUUGCCACCAUGCACAUCCUUAUGACUUCUUAUGGGACUGCAGGGCACCCAGAUGAAGCUGAGAAAGUACUGAACAGCUUGAAAUCUUCCAGUUUGGAAGUCAGCACUUUACCAUACAGUACUGUUUUUGAUGCUUACUUGAAAAAUGGUGAAUACAAUCUUGGAAUCACAAAGCUAAUGGAAAUGAAAACAGAUGGUAUACAACCUGAUCAUCAAGUUUGGACAUGUUUCAUUAGGGCCGCUAGUUUGUGCGAGCGAACUGAUGAUGCCAUUCUUCUCCUAAACUCUUUACGGGAUUGUGGAUUUGAUCUUCCCAUUAGGCUCCUGACUGAGAGGACUUCAUCUCUAUUAACUGAGGCUGACAAUUUUCUUAAAGAACUCGAGGCACUAGAAGAUUCUGCUGCUCUGAACUUUGUAAAUGCACUAGAAGACCUGUUGUGGGCAUUUGAACGUCGAUCAACUGCUUCAUACAUUUUCCAGUUGGCAGUGAACAGAAGCAUAUACCAUCAUAAUGUCUUUCGGGUGAUAGAAAAAGAUUGGGGAGCUGACGUCCGGAAGUUGUCUGCUGGGGCUGCACUUAUCGCUCUAACACUAUGGCUUGAUCACAUGCAAGAUGCUUCACUCCAAGGUUCACCAGAAUCUCCCAAAUCUAUUGUACUGGUCACAGGGGAGGGGGAAUAUAACAUGGUAUCCUUGCGUAAAACCAUUAGAGCUUACCUUUUGGAAAUGGGCUCCCCUUUCUUGCCAUGUAGAACUCGAUCAGGUCGCUUUGUGGCAAAGUCUUACUCUCUUAAGAUGUGGCUGAAAGAUUCUCCUUUCUGCAUGGAUCUUGAGUUGAAAGACGCCCCAGCUCUUCCAAAAAUGAACUCAAUUAAGCUCACUGAAGGGUACUUCAUGAGAGCUGGUCUUGUAUCCACAUUUAAAGAUAUACACGGCAAACUUGGGGAAGUAUGGCCAAAGAAAUUCUCCAGAUUAGCUCUGUUGUCAGAAGAAAGCAGGGCCGAAGUUAUUAAGGCUGAUAUACAAGGAAGGAAAGAAAAACUGGAAAGAAUGAAAAAACAGGGUCUUGUCAUAUCAAGAAAAUCUAAAAAAGGAACACGGAGAGCAAGAUUUGUUAGAGAACAAAGCACACAGGCAGUUCUGAAGUAGUGCUUAUUUUGCUUCAUCAUGGCAUUUUCUCAAGCGGCGUUGUGGCAUUUACAUGAAGUUUCUUAAUGAGAGAAAAAGGGAGAAGGAAUGGUGACAUCACUGCGAUGUUGAUCAGUCAAGGUAUGAGUGUGAUCAAAGAAAAGAUGGGAUGCAUUUGGUUCCAGGUUUGUCACAGUUGUAGCAAGUUCAUACUGGACGAACAAGCAACGGAGAUAGCAUCUUUGACUCAAUGUGACAUCGUCAUGCGACAUUAUGAUGCAAAACAAUGCCUUAUUCAUGUCAUAUUCUAAGAACAUGAGGUACAUGGUUGAUGGCUGCAGACUCCUAUUACAUGAACAGCCAUGAACCAUUUCUCUGAACAACCUCGCUCAGCAGGCUGUAUGACAAGGAGAAGACAAGUGAAGUUAGAAAAGUAGAAAUUUAGCAACAUCCAUUUUUGAGUGGUUUCAAUCUGAUCAAAUGCUUUUGGUAAAAAUGAAUACGGUACUAUGUUUCUUCUGUGAGGAUUUUGUGAGUGUGUUUAGGAAGAUUAUUUGUGAGUAGACAACAAUGAGAAUACAUCUGUUGUGUGAGGAGGAAUCGAUCAACUAAAUUGUGCAA